UUUCCUCUCCAUGUGAGGUGGUACACCAGUUACGAUGCUGAAGUUAUGUUUGUUUGUCAGAAGUAUGUUAAAUUUUGUUUCUGAUAGAGCUUUUUCCUCAUUCACCUCAAAUCCAUCCAAAUACUGUGAAGUAUCCUACAGUUAAGUCCAAAACUGAUUGUUUCCCUCUACUUGUAUUUUAUUUGUAGUGACCUUGUAAAAGUGUUUCUUAAAUCCUAAUAUGAGAAGAAACACUCUGUGAAACGUUUGAUUUGUCACAGUGCAGUUGUGUAAACAGCAGCCAAAGUGAGGAAACUAGCCUUGAAAUAUUUUGCUGCUAUAUGAUGCAACUGAACUGAUAUCCCAGUCUACUGUAGUAUUGUUAAUUUUAUGCACCCUGCUACUAUGCCCCGUCAACAGAUGGGUUCACACCGUGCUCAUAAUGCGAGAAUAAAACGGAAAGGCACAUGGUUUUCCCUUCUUUUGGGGUUUGUUACCUGUGUGUGUGGAAUAUCUCUACUUUUGUGGAAUGAGGAGAAAGCAAUAUCCUUCACUCAGUCUUUUGAGGAGGCUGUAAAGGAAGCUAUCUCCAUUCAUCCAGGAUCAAAAAUCAAUCCUGAUAACGAUGGUCAUCUUGUCCACAUCACUGGUCCAUUGGAAAUCAGUGAACCAUUAACGGAAGUAGAGUAUGGCAUUUCAGUUCCAGCUGUAAAACUGAAGAGACGAGUCCAGAUGUAUCAAUGGGUUGAAGAACAUGUGCAAAGUGAUGCUCCAGCUGCAGAUAACACUGCUGCUCCGCAAUUUAAUUAUGUAAAUGAUUGGAGAGAUAAGCUCAUAGAUAGCACCAAGUUCCGUGUGAAAUCAGGACACCAGAAUCCUAAGGUUUUUCCUUUUAAAAGUACUGUGUAUGUUAGCGAACAAGUGAGCGUUGGACCAUUCUACUUAAGUGCAGAACUGAAAGACAAAUUCAAUGAUUUUGUAUUAAUAACAAGUGAUGAAAGACCAGAACGUAGAGACAUAAGAAUGCACUUGGGUCUGUAUUAUCACACUCAAGAUGUCUGGAGCCCAGAAGUAGGUGACGUGAGGGUUCAAUUUUCAUAUGCAGGGAAAGCUGGUGAUGUGGUGAGCAUUAUUGGAAAGCAGAAUGGUAACAGGAUUGAGCCAUACAAAGCUCCAAAUGGCAAUGAAAUUUUGAUUCUCCACCAUGGUAUACUCACUGUGGAAGAAACACUUCAGAGGGAACAUUCUCCAAACAUAUGGCUUAUAUGGUUGUGCCGUAUUGCUGGAUGGCUUCUGCUUUUCCAGGGUUCAUCAUAUCUGAAUGGAUUACUGCGAUUUGUCUUUUGGAAGCCGACAAAUGGUGCACUUUCUCUGUCAGCUACUUUGUUGGUGGUAGCUGUGGCUUGGUUCCAAUAUCGCCCACUAUUUUCAGCAACGAUGGCUAUUGGCGCAACAUUACCAUUAUUGUGGUCUGGGUUGCGCACAUCACCGUAAGAUAUGUCUCUGAGAACUCUGUUUAAAAGAAGGAACUUCACAAGCAACUAUCAUUCAAGAUUAGUAAAAACACUCAAUACACUACUGUAGCAAGCAUAAUCGUAUAAUAAACAAAAUAUACAUUAUAUAAUGAUGUAACUUAUCUAUACUGCUCUUUAUAAUUUUAUAAA